ACUGACAACAAGACUGCGCAGGCUCAAUCCAUUCAACAUUUGUGGAAUUCUGGGAUUACGAAUGCAGCCAAAAUAAGACGUAGAACAAAUAUAUCAAGGUCCACAAUAUAUUUCAACUUGGUAAAAUUGAAAAAAACUGGAAGCAUCUUCCACAAAAAUGCCCCGGUCGCCCCCAAAAAAUCACUUCAGAGAGCUCAAAAGCUCUUAGGCAGUAUAUUAGAAAAAAUCUAG